AUGGGCUCCCGACUGCAUAACGCCCCCAUUGUUCUGGAUAAUGGCAGCGGGACCAUUCGAGCUGGGUUCGCGGGACAAGAUGUACCGAAAUGCUACUUCCCAUCAUACGUCGGGCGCCCGAAGCAUGUGCGGACAAUGGCAGGCGCAUUGGAGGGCGACGUCUUCAUAGGACCCCAAGCACAGCAAUAUAAGGGGCUAUUCAAGAUCAACUACCCACUAGAACACGGCAUAGUCACAGACUGGGACGACAUGGAGCGGAUAUGGCAGUAUGUCUAUACAGAGGAGCUGAAGACCGUGAGCGAAGAUCAUCCCGUACUGCUCACAGAACCGCCACUCAAUCCGCGAGAGAACCGCGACAUGGCUGCCCAAAUCCUCUUCGAGACCUUCAAUGUGCCCGCCCUCUAUACCUCGGUACAAGCCGUGCUCUCCCUCUACGCUUCUGGCAAGACAACAGGAAUAGUGCUAGAUUCUGGUGAUGGCGUGUCCCACGCUGUUCCAGUGUUUCAAGGAUUCGCCAUUCCAAACAGCAUCAGGAGAAUAGACGUGGCAGGCAGGGACGUGACGGAGCACAUGCAGCAGCUGCUGAGGAAAAGUGGCAAAGUUUUCCACACCAGUGCGGAGAAGGAGACUGUCAAACACCUCAAGGAGACGACCAGUUAUGUUGCGCUGGACCCCGUGAAAGAGGAGAAGGAAUGGUCGGGCAGCUCGGCAAGGACGGACGGGAAGAGCGUCGAAUACACGCUGCCCGACGGACAAAAAUUAAAGAUUGGCGCAGAGAGAUUCCGGGCUCCAGAAAUUCUCUUCAAUCCCGAGCUCAUUGGCUUGGAGUACCCUGGAGUUCACCAAAUCGUUGUCGAUGCCAUCAAUCGGACGGACAUGGACCUGCGGAAGGCAUUGUUCGGAAACAUCGUACUAUCUGGAGGCUCCACACUCACUAAGGGCUUUGGAAAUAGGCUGCUCAAUGAAGUGCAACGGCUCGCGGUCAAGGAUAUGAGGAUCAAAAUCUUAGCGCCUCCUGAGAGGAUAUACACAACGUGGACCGGAGGCAGCAUUCUCGCUGGUCUCAGCACUUUCAAGAAGAUGUGGGUUGAAAAGGAUGAAUGGCAAGAGAACCCCGACAUCAUCCACACGAAAUUUGCGUAG